AUGGGCGACAAAGAUCGUUACGAACACCUGCCCAUCCCUACCUAUGAAGAGGCCACUUCCUCCCAUCCUGUUUCAUCACAAUCGAGACUUGGACCGGAAGAGAUCAGUGACGACGCUGAAAGGCAAGGUCUCCUCCGCCAUGGCCUCAGCGGAAACUACCAACCGCCCACCGUCGAAUCCGCACGCCCGAGCCUCGACUCGCUGGAUGACAUUGAACCCGAUGGCGAAGACGACGUGCGAAGGGAGAUGCAACAGAUGGAUGUCGAGGAUCCUCAAAGUGACUCCGGCUCCAAUCGAUCCCUCUUGCGAUACCGUCUAUCCAAGCGCUUCUCCAGUUUUACCAAUUCCUUCUCCUCCCUCACCCUCCCUUCCUUCCGUCAAUACUUCUCCAACAUAUCAUGGCCGCGGAUCAACUACCAGCAACUCGAUUCGAAUCGCGUCGUCAUAAUAGGGCGACUUUUCGGUGUAUUUUUGAUUAUGGGAGUCCUCUAUGUCCUAAUAGCAUCAGACGUCUUGUCAUUUACAAAGAACAGAAUGGGCGUGGGUCAGAUGUACGACCCAGAAUCCAUUCGGAUAUUCGUACAAAAUCACAUGAAUGAUCAUGGACAUAUGCAGAAAUAUUUGGAGCACAUAUCUGACUUCCCCCAUAUCGCCGGGACCGAAGGCAGCUAUGUUCUUGGAGAAUGGGUCAUGGAAUUGUUCAAGGCGUCGGAGCUCGAAGACGUGAACAUGGAGAGAUUCGAUGUCUACUUGAAUUAUCCCAAGAAAGAUGGCCGGAGAGUGGCGAUCGUGGAACCAGCGGAUCUACAAUGGGAAGCGAGGGUGGAGGAAGAUCAAGAACAAGCCUUCGUCUUUCACGGCCAUUCGAAAGCGGGAGAUGUGACUGGACCCCUGGUGUACGCCAAUUUCGGCUCAAGGGAAGACUUCCAGACUCUGGAGGACAAUGGCGUUUCGGUAAAGGAUGCCGUUGUUCUCGUCCGAUAUUACGGUACCGAAGGAGAUCGGGCUUUGAAGGUAAAAGCCGCGGAACUCGCGGGGGCUGUUGGUUGCAUCAUUUACUCGGAUCCGUCUCAAGAUGGCUUCGUCCAAGGACCAACCUUUCCCAAUGGACGAUUCAUGCCAGAAGAUGGCGUUCAAAGAGGUGCCGUCAGUCUCAUGUCCUGGGUCGUGGGAGAUGUCCUUACCCCAGGAUGGGCUUCCACUCCGGCAAACAAGGAGCGUCUUCGGCCCGAGGACAGUCCUGGUCUGAACAAGAUACCGUCCAUACCCCUUUCAUGGAAUGAUGCAAAACACCUGCUGGAGGCAAUCCGGGGGCAUGGCAAACAGAUGACGGACACUUGGCACGGGGCUCCCGAGACCGAAUACUGGACUGGAAACCAGGACUCACCCAAGGUCAACCUCAAGAACUUCCAAGAUGAGGAGACGAAACAGUCUAUUUACAACGUCAUUGGCAAAAUCACCGGCUGGGAGCAGCCCCAGAAGAAAGUCAUUGUUGGAAAUCAUCGUGACGCGUGGUGUACUGGUGCGGCUGAUCCCGGCAGCGGAACUGCCGUGAUGCUUGAAGUCAUUCGAAUCUUCGGUGAGCUGCGCAGGCUUGGUUGGCGUCCACUUCGCACCAUUGAGUUUGCAAGCUGGGACGGAGAAGAGUACAACCUUAUAGGCAGUACUGAGCAUGUCGAGAGUCGCGAAGAAGAACUUCGCGAAAACGGUGUGGCAUAUCUCAAUGUCGAUGUUGGCGUCACCGGCAUUGACUUCCACGCAUCGGCCUCCCCCCUGUACGAACGAGUGCUCUUCCACGUCUUGGACCGUGUCGGUGAUCCCUUCUCCGACCGCUCCAUUCGUGAUGUCUGGGACAAGAACAAUAACCACAUUGGAGGUCUGGGCGCAGGGAGCGAUUUUGUCGCGUUCCAAGAUAUUGUGGGCACAUCGUCUAUCGACAUGUUUUUCAAGGGCCAAAGAUUCCCAUAUCAUAGCUGUUACGACAACUUCGAAUGGAUGUCUAAAUUCGGAGAUCCGGAAUGGAAAUAUCAUAAGGCUAUGGGUGAAAUUUGGGCACUCCUUAUCCUUGAGUUGGCCGACAGACCCAUGCUCCCGUUCGACAUGAAUGCAUAUGCGAAGGCUGUUGUCAAGUACAUCAACGACCUGGAGGCGUAUGCCAAAGCUGCCCCCACGGCGAACGACCAGAACACCAUAGACCUUACACUUUUGCGCAAGUCUUCCGAUUUAUUCACACGAGAAGCCCAAUCUUUCCACCAUUUCGACCAGGCCUGGCGCGAUUUCGUGUUUGGCUCUGGAGGUUUUGAAAGCACGGCCAUGGCAACCGCCCGCGUCGAUCACAAUGAUCGUAUGGCCCAUUUUGAGACCAAUCUUCUCGAUCUCAGCGAAGGGGGAGGGCUAACGAAUCGUACGCAGUUCAAGCACGUCAUUUUCGCCCCUCAGGCUUGGUCGGGGUAUGAGGACGCGGAUUUCCCGGGGAUCCGCGACGCAAUUGAUGCAGGGCAGUGGAGCGAGGCGCAACAUCAAGUCGAGAAGGUCGCCGGAAUUUUGGAGACCGCGGCAAAGAAGUUGACUGAAUAA